AUGACGUUAUCAUAUAAAUCAAACAAUACAAUAACUAACCGAAAUGACAUACAUAUUUACAUCUUGAAAAUCUUUCACGUUCUUAUUGCAGAUUUAGUUCAGCAAUUUAAUGGAGGUCACCCAGGUGGAGCUAUGGACAUGGCUGCAAUUGGUAUAGCCUUAUGGAAGUAUGUAUUACGAUUCUCACCAAAUGACCCGGAGUAUUUUAAUAGGGAUAGAUUUGUUUUAUCAAAUGGUCAUACCUGCUUGUUCCAGUAUGCCUUUCACCACUUAGUUGGGUAUAAACACAUGACCAUGGAACAACUAAAGACCUAUCAUUCAUCCGAUUUAAAUUCAUAUUGUCCUGGACAUCCUGAAAAUGAACAUCCUGCAAUUGAAGUCACCACAGGACCCUUGGGCCAAGGUAUAGCAAAUGCUGUAGGAUUAGCUAUUGCUUCGAAGAAUUUGCAGGCAACAUACAAUAGACCCAAUUUUUCAGUUGUUGAUAAUCAUACAUUUUGUAUGGUGGGGGACGCUUGCUUACAAGAAGGUGUUGCAUUAGAAGCAAUCUCUCUCGCAGGACACUUGGGCCUCAACAAUUUAACCGUUAUCUACGAUAAUAAUCAGAUUACUUGCGACGGAUCUGUUGAUCUCACAAAUACAGAGAGAAUUCGCGACAAAUUUUUAGCUUGUAAUUGGAAUGUUAUAGAUGUCGAAGAUGGGUCCUAUAAUGUCGAAAAAAUUGUGGAAGCUUUAAAAACAGCUAGAAAUUCUGAUAUCAAACCAACAUUCAUUAAUGUUCAUACUGUGAUUGGAACUGGUACUUCAGUUGAGGGGCAAGCAGAAGCGCAUGGUUCCGCUUUUGGGCAGGAAGAGGUAGAUAAGUUACAUUUGGCUAAUGAUAUCUGUCCAGAGGAUAAAUAUUUUAUUCCGGACAUUGUUUAUGAUUUCUUUUCAGAUCUCAAAGAUAAAGGAGAUAAUUUAACCCAAGAAUGGGGAAAAUUGAUUCAUAAUUACAGAAAUGCUUACCCUGAGUUAGCAAAAGAGUUUGAUGGGCGUAUUAAGGGAGAAUUGGAUUCAGCAUGGAAGCAAUUAAUCCCGAAAUCAUUUCCUCAUAUUCCUACUGCUUCAAGGAAAUCUAGCGGCUUCAUUUCUAAUCCAAUUUUUAAAGAAAUUAACACAAUCAUGGUGGGCACAGCAGAUUUAUCACCAUCUGUGAACUUGAGCUGGAAUGGUAAGGUAGACUUUCAAAAUCCUAGAAUUAAAACGAAUUGCGGAAUAAAUGGUAACUACUCAGGAAGAUAUAUUCAUUAUGGCGUUCGUGAGCACGCUAUGGCUGCAAUUGCGAAUGGUAUUGCAGCUUUCGGCAAAGGAACUUUCAUUCCUAUCACAUCCUCCUUCUUCAUGUUUUAUCUUUACGCAGCCCCUGCUGUGAGAUAUGGUUCUCUCGCUCACUUACAAGUGAUUCAUGUGGCCACUCAUGAUUCAAUUGGGAUGGGAGAAGAUGGACCAACACACCAGCCCAUUGCCCUUACUGCCUUAUACAGGGCUAUGCCUAAUCUUCUCUAUAUUCGCCCAUGCGACUCUGAAGAAACCGCAGGAGCUUGGGAAAUCGCUAUUGAAAAUAAAAAUGGACCUUCGAUAAUAUCACUUUCGAGACAUAAUCUUACCCAAUUCCCUAAUAAUUCAAUGAGGCAUCUAGUUAAACGUGGUGCAUAUGUCUUUCAAGAUGUAGACAACCUGUCUAUUAACAUAAUUGGAACAGGUGCUGAAAUGUUGUUUGCUAUGAAGACAGCAGAAAUAUUGAAUCAAAAAGGCAUCAAAUCAAGGGUCAUUUCUUUUCCUUGUCUGAGGCUUUUCGAGGAACAGUCCCUAGAAUAUAAGCGAUCACUAUUGCAGCGAGGAAAAUUACCUACUGUAGUUAUUGAAGCAUAUGCACCCCAAGGCUGGGAGAGGUAUGCUUCUGCUGGUGUUAAUAUGCUUAGAUAUGGUAAAUCGCUUCCUGGUAGCCUUGUGUAUGAAUACUUCGGUUUUAAUGCAAACAGAAUAGCUGAAAAAAUAGAGAAGUAUUAUUCUCAGUGGCUAGUGGAUGCCGACAUAAGAAAUGAAUUUCAAGAUUUAAAUUAA